AUGCUGGAGGUAGAGUUGACAAGUCUUGUUCUUCAAACGGAAGAAGAAAUAAAAUACUGGCAUGAGGUUUUGAGGCGCAUUGCGGCUGUUGCGAAGUCACUUUCUGCACGCGGAUUGCCGUUUAGAGGUUGCCAUGAGAGAUUUGGAUCAAACAACAGUGGGAGCUAUGUUAUGACCCUAGAACUUUUGGCUGAGUUCGUUCCUUUUCAGGACUUACACAUAAAACGCCAUGGUAACAAAGGAAGUGGCACAACAUCAUAUCUUUCGUCCAAAAUAUGCGAUGAAAUGGCAGAAAAGGUAAUAAAUACAAUCGUGACUGAGAUAAAAUAUGCUAAAUAUUUCUCUAUCUGUGUUGACUCUACUCCGGACAUUUCUCAUGUAGAUCAACUUUCUUUCAUAGUGAGAUAUGUCUCUGAAGACGGAUGUCCUGUCGAACGAUUUUUGAAAUUCAUUCCAAAUUGUGGCCAUAAAGCGGAAGACCUGGCUAAAGUCGCUCUAGAGACAUUGAAAAAUCACGACUUGUAUAUCGCCAACUGCCGGGGCAGUCUUACGACAAUGCUAGCAAUAUGUCGGGUGUAUAUUCUGGUCUUCAAGAGAGAGUAA